GCUGCUCAGCCAUCCUGGUGUGGCUAUUGACCUUUGCUUCAGCCUCGUCCUGCUUCCUGCUGCAAAACACACUUCCGGUGACGGCAAGGACGGGAUGUUGCUUCUGCCGCUGCUGCUACCCCUCUGUUGGGCGGUAGAGGUUAAGAGACCCCGGGGCGUUUCCCUCAGCAACCAUCAUUUCUAUGACGAAUCCAAGCCUUUCACGUGUUUGGACGGCACAGCCACCAUCCCAUUCGACCAGGUGAACGAUGAUUACUGCGACUGCAAGGAUGGUUCAGAUGAGCCUGGCACAGCUGCUUGUCCCAAUGGCAGCUUCCACUGCACCAACACUGGGUACAAGCCCUUGUACGUCCCCUCCAGCCGGGUUAACGAUGGGAUAUGUGAUUGCUGUGAUGGUACGGAUGAGUACAACAGUGGCACCAGCUGUGAGAACACCUGCAGAGAGAAGGGCCGUAAGGAAAAGGAGUCCCUGCAGCAGCUGGCCGAGGUCACCCGAGAAGGGUUCCGCCUCAAGAAAUUGCUCAUCGAAGAAUGGAAGACAGCUCGGGAAGAGAAGCAGAGUAAGCUUUUUGAGCUUCAGGCUGGAAAGAAGUCUCUGGAAGACCAGGUGGAGCUGCUGCGGACCGUGAAGGAAGAAGCAGAGAAGCCGGAGAAGGAGGCCAAAGAGCAGCACCUGAGGAUGUGGGAAGAGCAGCAAGCUGCUGCCAAGGCCCGGCGGGAACAGGAGCUGGCAGCAAGUGCCUUCCAGGAACUGGAUGACAACAAGGACGGGCUGGUCUCGCUGGCUGAGUUACAGACUCACCCGGAGCUGGACGCCGAUGGAGAUGGAGCACUGUCUGAGGAGGAGGCCCAGGCCCUUCUCAGUGGGGACGCACAGACCGACCCUACCUCCUUCUAUGACCGUGUCUGGGCCGCCAUCAGGGACAAGUACCGCUCUGAGGUGCUGCCCACUGAUAUGCCUGCCCCUUCCACUGUGGAUGUGAUUGAGCCCAAAGAAGAGCAGCCACCGGUGUUGCCGCCUACAGAGGAGGAGGAAGAAGAAGAAGAGCCAGAAGAAGAGGAAGAGGAAGACGAGGAGGAGGUGCAGGGGGAGCAACCCAAGGAGGCUCCGCCCCCUCUGCAGCCCCCACAGCCUGCCAGCCCCACUGAGGAUGAAAAGAUGCCACCCUAUGAUGAGGAGACACAGGCUGUCAUCGAUGCUGCACAGGAGGCCCGGAACAAGUUUGAGGAAGCUGAACGGUCCUUGAAAGAGAUGGAAGAGUCCAUCAGGAGUUUGGAACAAGAGGUCUCCUUUGACUUCGGCCCCUCCGGGGAGUUUGCAUACCUCUACAGCCAGUGCUACGAGCUCAGCACCAAUGAGUACAUCUACCGGCUUUGCCCAUUCAAACUAGUCUCCCAGAAGCCCAAACAUGGGGGUUCCCCGACCAGCCUGGGCACGUGGGGCUCCUGGGCUGGCCCUGAGCAUGACAAGUUCAGUGCCAUGAAGUACGAGCAGGGCACUGGCUGUUGGCAGGGCCCGAACCGCUCCACCACAGUGCGCCUGCUGUGUGGCAAAGAGACAGUGGUGACCAGUACCACGGAGCCCAGUCGAUGCGAGUACCUCAUGGAGCUGAUGACACCAGCAGCUUGUGCAGAGCCACCGCCAGAAGCACCCACUGAUGGAGACCACGAUGAGCUGUAGCCGGAACCUUAAGGCCUGAAACCAGUCUACUCAUCAUGUGGUCUG